UGUAAAGGCUGUAACGUUAUGUUAUCAUAGUCAAGUCAAGUCGCGACUCUGAGCUUUUAAUAUCUCUGUGGUUGCUUAAGCUUAAAACUGUGUUGAGGGAUUCUUGAUCUGGAUUACUCAUUGUUAUUUCUCAUUUUUUCCCAAUCAACUUAAAUAUUCAGCGUUGUACAAGGCAUACAUUUAAAUGGCAUCGAAUUACUCCCCUCUUACAACUCAUGUCCUAAAUACCGCAACGGGAAAGCCUGCGAAUGGCAUGCAAAUCACGUUGCAUCGAAUGAAAUCGGACUCGACAUGGGAAGUUCUUAAGGAAGGAAAAACAAACGAGGAUGGGCGACUUACAGGACUGACUUCAAAAGAGGGAUUCACUCCAGGAAUGUACAAAAUGUAUUUUGAUACAUCAUCAUAUUUCAAGGACAUGAAUAUUAUCACAUUUUAUCCUUAUGUUGAGGUGGUUUUCAACAUUGUGAAUACAAAUGAACAUUACCAUGUGCCACUCCUCAUCAGUCCAUUUGGUUACAGUACCUACAGGGGAAGUUAGGGUUUGUGAAUGUCGCGCAAUUACGUUCAAGAAAUUCCAAUACAAACAAAAAAUGGUGAUUCUUAAAGAAUAGAUGUAAUAAAUUAGAUAUUCAUGCAAAUAU